AGAACCAUUAAUGUAUAUCGACGUGUUGAAGAUUUGGGAGAACCAUUAAUGCAUAUCGACGUAUUGAAGAUUUUUGAAGAACUAUUAAUGCAUAUCGACGUGUUGAAGAUUUUUGGAGAACCAUUAAUGCAUAUUGAA